AACAUAUCCUCAUUUUAGUGGUGUGGAAGGAUCGAUCGAAGCUCUCAAAGCAAGCAGGUACAUCUAGUUCCUAGACCAGUUUUUUUUUGGAUUUUGCAUUGUUAAUUGUAGCCAUGCAUCACGGCUUAAGAUUCGUUGAAGAAGAUGAAAACACGAUCUCCCGUGGAAGCAUCACUGUACUUUUUAGCUACCAAGUGAGUAUACUGAGCUUGCUGGAGUAUGAAAGCACACAGAGAGAGAGAACACUGAGCGUAGGGCCCUUUACACUGAAGAUGAUUAUGCAGAUCAACUGUCCCAUUCUUGCUCAUAUUUGCUGCGUCGAAAAGUUCAAAUGGCCUCUCACAAAGGACACUGUUGUUCUCCGAGUCACCACUCGCACCUUUGUCAUUGCCCUACCUGGCCUCUUGUACGCCCUUCAACUCCCUGGCCAUUGCAGUCGAGAACGCCUCAGAAUCCUUUCAAGUGUGUUCAACAAAUAUGGCCAUUACAAGGAUCUUAGACAAAGAAAGCUAGGUGGGUAUCGGAUGCAAUACAAUGAACCGGGAAUGUUGAAAAGGUUACGACCUCAUUUUGAACCCUUGGCACAUGAAGCCCUAAUGGAGAUAGGGAAUAUCCCAGGAAUUUCCCGUUUCUGCAUGGAGGACCAGAAUUCAAGCUUCCUAAGGGCGUGCCGCAUGUCGGUGACGACGAAGAUGAUAAUGGAGAGUAUGCGUGUGAAGACAAUGACAGAUAGCCUUGUCAACAUUAGAGGCAUGAGCCCACCUGAUCUCCCGCACCAGGGCAGAGCCUACGCGCUGGCCAGUACCUUCACUCGCCUCGUUGACGCCGCUGAGUACAGUACUCUCAUUUUCAGUGCCCUUGGUGACCAGGUGCAAGACAUUGAGUCUCCUCUUCGCUAUGCUUCUGUUGAUGCUGCCUUCCAAAAUUGGAACUUGAGUGAGAUGGGUCUUCUGUGUUUUAUCUCUCGCUUGGGACCCGACGUUGAGAAGGAAGAGAAAGAAGUCAUUGCUAAUGAAGAGUUGUGGAAUUCCGUGGCUGGAGAUCAGGAAGAGGAAGAAGAUGAAGAUGAUGACAACGAUAACAAUGAGGACAAUAAUAAUGAUGAUGGAAAUAACGAUAAGGAGGAGGAGGAUGAGGAUGAGAACGAAGAUGAGAUACACCGUUGAGACAAGCGCAUGCAUGGGAACGACUGUCCAACCAUAGACUGUGUUGAGUUAGGGAGUGUGAGGGGAUUCAUCAUCAUCAUCAUCCAUGUUGGAGGUUAAGGUUUAAUAAGUUUCACAUGAGUGUCUUUGAUUUGUUGGUGACUUUUAUACGAAUCUAUCUUGUUCAUGUUCGUAACAGCUUUGUUAUCAUUAGCAAUAAAACAAAGAGUAGUAGUGAAUUUCGA